GGUAGCGAAGCAGCCAUGAAGGAGCUGAUGGAAAUGGUCAUCCAGUUUCUCUGCGCCAGGUAUCCCAACCAGUUCUAUUACAAUGAGUGGACGGGGAUGUUCCAUAACCACAUCCUUGCUUCGCGGUCGGAUACGCGAAAAAUUAGACCAUUGGUCUUCCUCCUUCAGAAUGUCCCUGAAGAUUUUCUCAUCGUGCAGAAAGAUGAGAAGACAGGACUGUCUGUGUUGACUGCUGGGGUGUCGUGCUCUGCUGUGGGGUGGAACCUAUCACUGAAGAUUGGACAGCCCCUUCACCAAAUUCAUGGCCCCGUCCCCUUCUAUAAAGAGAAGAUGUCGUUCUCCAUGGAUAGGUCCAAUAUGCCUUGCGAUAAGCCGAUCCAGCGCGGUUCAUGGGGCUUGGAGAUUGGAGAGCCUUUGUAUCUUCAAGCUGAGGACCCAGAUUUUGCCAUGCGUACGCAGCAAGAUCCACAGCUCAAAGUAUCGGAUAUUUCUCUGCGUGUUGAUUGGCAGACCCUCCGACGAAUGCCACGUUCUCAGGCGAUCGUCUUUAAUUUCAAGGCUCUAUUUACGCCACUUACUCAUUUUCGUCGGGAGCCUUUCGUCCCAAAACUACUCCUAAAGGUACUCUCCGAGGGGCAGAAGUCGAUUAUGGAAUAUAAGGGUACAUGGCAUGUCGAACAUGUGGUUUUACCUGCUUUGAAACUGUGGGCAGACGAACAAGAGGAGCACAAGUGGGUUCCUAGAGACUGGCAGGUUAGAACGUUGGAUGAGGAUCCAUUUUACCCUGGAUGGGGUUAUAAUCGUGAUUACGAUGAUGACUCAUAGCCUGUAUUGCAUUUGUCUAUGGAUACACUGCAAUCUGUCGCCAUGUAAUUCUGUCCGACUAUGCAACAAUCCUAUGCACAGAACCGU